AUGGAAACCAUAUUCGAAUCUGUAGAGCCUGAGACAUCUGUUGCAAGCGACCUGAGGGAAAAGCUACUAAAGUUGGUCGAUGCAGGUGAAAUUAAGUACACCUCAAAAUAUAUCAAAAAAUCAUCCGAAAAAACGUUGGAAAAUAUAUACAAAGACUACGAAAGACAACGUCUGGAGAACACAAACAGCCAACUAGCCGAUGUUAUCAUCACCAAGUUCUCCGAACUCAUGGAGGCGUUGGACGCUGUUAAGGAUGCUGAAGGAAUGAAAAAAGAACUCGAGGAAAACGAUCUGCUUAGAAAAGACAUAAAAAACCUCGUCAGUUACGUAACACCCGUACAUCCCACUCAUUGGAAUACUAAGUGGUGGAAUCACCGUUGGAAAACAUGUGGUCAGUACAAAAGCAGGUUGUUCGGAAAAGGAAGAAUAAAAAAAAAUGCUGAGUCAACAGUUUUCAAAAAAUUUUUUUUUCCUAUAUAAUAAAAGACAAUGGGUACCUACAGGAAAGUCCAACUGUACUUCGAAUGUUCCGAAGAAAUGACGGAGUUCAUUUCAGAAAUGUGUGAGGACACGGACUUCAGGGAUGCUGGUAUUACCUUAAUGGACGAAAGAGCUAAUAGAGAGGUAGUUAUUAGGUUCUGGCUCGUGGAAGAAGGAGGUGUUGUAAUCAUGGGUGUGAACGCGAUGCCCUUCGGUCCGCCGAUAGGUGUUGUCGUUUUCCUCACCGUACCGGAGGGUUUGGCGCUUGGAGAGAUAGACAGCCUCACGUUGGACGGUCCGGAGUUCGGCGUUAAUUUGGGACGGCCCAACGAUUCCGCAGAAUUGUGGGUGUUUUCCAUACCGUCCUUACGUGCCCGUUCCUAUGGUAUGGGGAAUCUGUUCAGGAUACGGUGGAAAGACCGAUCGGUUACGCCUGUUGAGUACGAGAACAGUUUACCCGUCAGCGGUGUUGAUGCUCUUUAA